UCAAGUAACAAGGCUGGAGGCUCACGACUGUGACUCCACAUUCCAGAUGGAAACACAGCCACACGGAAAGCUGCAGGGAUACAAGCUCGGAGAAGCUGCGGAUCAGAGAAAAGGCAGAGGCAGCACAGGCUUUAUUCAUGCACCGUCCAGUAACUGGAGAUUUGACACACAGAGAUCCACCGAGAACAACAUAGACUAUUUGAUCUGAGACUCCUUCUCUGCUGGGUUUAUGUCUCUGUUCUGCCUUAACUAUGACAGAGGAACCAAACGCAGAAGUUCAGCAGCCUUCAGUCUCUGGGUCUAGGCAACAUUUUUUAAGAGAUGUCAUCUUUCAUGGAAAGUUUAGGGCCCUCAGUCCGGAGGAAAGCACCAGCUGCUAUCAUGGGCUUUUUUUCCAGGAUGGUCAGCGGCGCGUUGACUACGUUCUCACUUAUCCUCUGAGGAAGUCAGGUGGAGGCCGUUCUAGUCGACAGUCAGACCACAGUCUGACGGAGAAUCCUGUCUCCGGCAACCCAAGUCCCAACAAGCAGGUCCAAGCCGGAUCCACGGUGGCUGAUGUGGAAAUGGGCGUUCUGGGAGAGACGUUUAACAGCCACGAGGAUCACAAAGCCUUCAGGAGGGAGGAGUUUGAGAAAAACCUGAAAGACAUGGGGCUGGAGCUGGAAAAAGACGAGGAAGCCAUGAUUCCCGGCCUAGGCUUCGUAAAGAUUCACGCGCCGUGGAGCGUUCUCUGUCGAGAGGCUGAAUUAAUGAAGCUAAAGAUGCCCACCAAGAAGGUCUAUGAGGUCAAACAAUCAAGCAGCGUUGUGAAGAAAAUCAGCUCCCUGGUCAAUAAAGCUCUGGAGCCGUUGCGUCCUAAUGUUGAGGAACAUCAUUCCAAGAACAUCAAGCACCUGUCCCACUCAUUCUCCAGGGAGAAGCAGCACCUGUUUGACCUCUCAGACAAAGAUAACUUCUUUGACAGCAAAACCAGGAGUUCCAUAGUGUAUGAAAUAUUAAAACGAACCAAAUUCAAGGCUAACUACAGCAUGGGAAUCACCAGUCUCCUUGGUAGUGGGAUUUAUACAGCAGCCUAUCCUCUUCAUGAUGGAGCUAUUGAGGAGGAAAGUGCUGAACCCAACGACAGAAAGCUUUUGUACGAAGAGUGGGCAAACUACAGUGUCUUCUAUAAGUACCAGCCCAUUGGACUUGUUCGAAAAUAUUUUGGGGAGAAGAUCGGCCUGUACUUUGCAUGGCUGGGCCUCUACACCCAGAUGCUCAUUCCUGCCUCACUCGUUGGGGUCAUUGUCUUUCUCUAUGGAUGUGCAACAGUUGACGACAACAUCCCAAGCAUGGAAAUCUGUGAUCCGAAGAACAACAUCACUAUGUGCCCCCUGUGCGACAGAGUGUGCAGCUACUGGAAGCUCAGCACGGCGUGCGGAACGGCUCGGGCCAGCCACCUGUUUGAUAACCCCGCCACCGUCUUCUUCUCUAUAUUCAUGGCUCUAUGGGCUGCCAUGUUUAUGGAGCACUGGAAGAGGAGGCAGAUGAGACUGAACUACGAGUGGGACCUGACUGGGUUUGAAGAUGAGGAGGAAGCUCUGAAGGAUCAUCCCAGGGCCGAGUAUGAAUUCAGAGUAAUGAAGAAGUCUCUGAAGAAAGAGAGGAAGUCUCCACACAAGAUAGAAAAGCUCACAUGUAGAGACCGCCUUCCUGCAUACAUGACUAACAUCGUCAUGAUGCUGCUCAUGAUUGGUGUGACGUUCGCCAUUGUUUUUGGUGUGAUCCUUUACCGGAUCUCCACCAAAGCUGCUCUGUACAUGAGCUCCAGUCCCACCACCAGAAGCCACGUUCAACUGACAGUUAAAACCACAGCAGCCAUCAUCAACCUGGUGGUCAUCCUGAUUCUGGAUGAAGUGUAUGGUGCUGUGGCCCGCUGGCUCACUGUUUUAGAGGCUCCAAAGACCGAGAAGAACUUUGAGGAAAGGCUAAUUUUUAAGACUUUCAUUCUGAAGUUUGUCAACGCGUUCACACCAAUUAUUUACAUUGCUUUCUUCAGGGGAAGACUGGUGGGCAGACCAGGCAGAUAUCUAUAUGUUUUUGAUUCUUACAGAAUGGAAGAGUGCUCUGAUGGAAGCUGUCUGAUGGAGCUGUGCAUCCAGCUGAGUAUAACCAUGCUGGGAAAACAGCUCAUUCAAAACAACCUCUUCGAGAUUGGAAUACCCAAAUUAAAGAAGCUGAUUCGAUACAUUCAGUCGGAGCAAGGAGCUUUUCAGGAGGAGGAGAGACAGAAGAAGCUGCGCAGAUAUGAAACGGACCACUUCCUGGAGCCAUUCGGGGGACUGACGCCUGAAUAUAUGGAGAUGAUUAUCCAGUUUGGCUUUGUCACGUUGUUUGUGGCGUCUUUCCCUCUUGCUCCAUUAUUCGCUCUCCUCAACAACAUCAUUGAAAUACGGCUUGAUGCUAAGAAAUUUGUAGCCGAGUUACGAAGACCAGUGGCGGCGAGAGCCAAAGAUAUUGGUAUAUGGUACGACAUUCUGAGAGGAGUGGCAAAAGUUGCUGUUAUCAUCAAUGCAUUUGUCAUCUCCUUCACAUCAGACUUUAUCCCUCGGAUGGUGUACCUGUAUAUGUACAGCCCUGAUGGCUCCUUGCAUGGAUUUGUCAACCAUACCCUGUCCUACUUUAAUGUCAGUCACUUUGAGCCUGGCAAAGAAACUAUGGAUCCAAUGCCUUAUGGAUACGCCAUUGAUGUUUGCAGGUAUAAGGAUUACAGAGAGCCUCCUUGGUCCUCCACCCCGUAUGAAAUCUCCAAGGAUUUCUGGGCGGUGUUGGCCGUGCGCCUGGCCUUUGUCAUUGUUUUCCAGAACGUUGUGAUGCUGAUGAACGAUAUCGUUGACUGGCUAAUCCCAGACAUCCCCAAAGAUAUCAGCCAACAGAUCCACAAGGAGAAGAUUCUGCUCGUUGAACUCUUUAUGAGACAAGAACAAGGAAAGAUCAACAUACUGGAGAGAGGCGGGUCAUCGAACACCAGCGAGACGCACAGAAGAAGCCACAACAACAACAACAGCACUUCCACUCUUCCUUUCUGCAAAGAGCAACCCAAUGGCACCAAAACCUUCUGAUGGCAGCGAGGGUGUUACGUCAAAGCUUGCAUAUAGGUUUUAUUUUUGAUUUUGCUCAGGUCCACCUUAAAUCACUGUUUCAUGUCUAAAACAUUCCAACAUCUUUAAGAGCAGCUGGCCAAUCAGGCGAAUGAGAGUCUCUGUCUGCUUCCUUAGCUUAGCUUUGCUCUUUAUAUUUGUAAACAACUUUGCACGCAUGUUAACAUACAAAACGUGCAUUUGAAUAUAAAAAAGGCUUGUUAAGAGAUCACAAUAUAUUUGCAUAAAAUGUAUCAAUAAAUUUGAAACUUUA